AUACAACCUGAUGAACCACAGGUCACUCCACUCAAGUCUCCCAGAGGUGGUCCGCUUCUCUGUCUCUUCCCCGAGACCGCUCAUCCCCAAGAAGCCUUUCACAAGCUCUCCGACUCUCCCUGCUGCACCCAGUGAUGUAUGUUCUCCUCAUCACAGUGUUGUCUUCACUUCUAGUGCAAGAUGCUGAGGCGUGGGGCGCCAAUGUCAAGUACGCGGUGAACUGCCCCGACAGAUGCAACGCGGAGCGGUGCGGCGGGACGCAGCGGUGCACACGGACGGUCCUGGAUGACUGCGGCUGUUGCCAGGUCUGUGCAGCCGGCAGAGGGGAGCACUGCUACCGCACGGUGUCGGGGAUGCACGGGGUGAAGUGCGGACCGGGAUUAUUCUGCGAGUUCUACAAGGAUGAAGACGAUUAUGGAGACGAAUAUGGGAUCUGCAAAGACUGUCUUUAUGGAACCUACGGGGUUGAGUGCCGCAAGACAUGCAACUGCAAAGGUGGCAUUUGUGACAGGGAGACAGGAGCUUGUGUCACCCUCAAAUUCUUUGCCAAAAUUGCCAGCAAGCUCAAGACUGAACCACAAGCAGGGGGAGAUGUGGGCUCAGGAGAGGUCAGCACUGCCCAGAGCACAGAUCAACACACAGACAGAUCCACUGCUCCAAAGCGGCUCAACCCUCGCUGACAAGUGCUGACAAGACUGAAUCUGUUCAGUGUAAAUGUAGCAUUAACUUAUAAAUUAACCGAAAGAUAUAUUUUAUUAUGUUAAACAAUGAAAGCUGAAGAUGAAGUUUUAUUUUGUUUGUUUGGUCCUUGUUUGACACCAUCACCUUUUCUAAUGAAAUAUGCAGUGUUCUGUAUCUUUUUCUAGAGUAAAUUAAUUAAAACUAUACUGUAGUCUGUUCCCAUUAGCUUCGGUGUAUUCCUGAUCCCCUGAUUUAGUGUGCCUUCAUACAUUAUUGUUGAAAAAAUCAGUAGAUGUCACAAUGAAGGACCAUGCAUUUAUUUUCAAUGUUGAUGCAGCAAUAUUUUUCAUUGAUUCAUUGUAACAGCCUACACUAAAUAUUUUGAAGUUUUCCAUAAUGUAAUUUUAUAUGUAGGGCUACUGUAGCCUAUAUAUUUAAAGCAGACACUGAACAUAUCAUGUAUAUGAAACCAGCUAAUGUAAAGAAUGCUCUUACAAUUAAACCAAAGCUAUCACUGA